AAAACGCUGACUUCUCAAAGUGCCUGCAGUAUGUCUGUCUCAGCAUAUCAGCCCUGAAGCCUGACACGGGGGGUGGAGGAGGGGAGGAGGGGAGGAAGAGCCACUUUCUCUGGUUUCUGUGUGAGCGCUCCAGCACUGAGCUUCUGUGAAGUGCCCUCUCGCCCUCGGGUGUUUUGCGGUGUGUGUGAGUGAGUGUGUGUGUAUGUGAGCCAUGUCGGACCCCAGGGACAUCGAUGAGGACGCCAUCCUCAAGGGCCUCAGCGCCGAGGAGCUGGAUCGGCUGGAAUAUGAGCUGCAGGAGAUGGACCCCGAGAAUGCCAUGCUGCCCGCUGGCUUCCGGCAGCGCGACCAGACGAAGAAGAGCCCGACGGGGCCGUUCGACCGCGACGCCCUGAUGCAGCACCUGGAGAAGCAGGCCAUAGAGCACCAGGACCGGGAGGACCUGGUGCCGUUCACCGGCGAGAAGAAAGGAAAGGCCUUCGUGGCCAAGAAGCCAGCGGAGAUCCCCCUUCACGAGCAGGUGAUCCUGGAGCCGGAGCUGGAGGAGGCGCUGAAGAACGCCACUGACGCCGAGAUGUGCGACAUCGCAGCCAUCCUUGGGAUGUACACGCUGAUGAGCAACAAGCAGUACUACGACGCUCUGGGCACCACCGGAACCAUCGCCAACACAGAGGGCAUCAACAGUGUGGUGAAAGGAGACCCAUUCAAGAUGUUUCCUGAGGAGCCACCCAACCCCACCAAUGUGGAGGAAACCCUGGAGAGAAUCCACAACAACGACAGCGGCCUGACAGAAGUCAACCUCAACAACAUCAAGGACAUUCCCAUCCCGACGCUGAAGGAGAUCUUUGAGGCCAUGAAGGGGAACUCUCACGUAGAGCUUCUGAGCAUCGCAGCGACGCGCAGCAACGACCCCGUGGCCUACGCGUGCGCUGAGAUGCUGCAGGAGAACACCAGCUUGCAGAGUCUUAAUAUCGAGUCCAACUUCAUCACUUCUGACGGCAUGAUGGCCAUCAUCAAAGCUGUGGCCAAGAACGCCACGCUGGUGGAGCUGAAGAUCGACAACCAGAGGCAGAAGCUGGGGGACUCGGUGGAGAUGGAGAUCGCCGCCAUGUUGGAGAACAACUCCAGCAUCCUCAAGUUCGGCUACCACUUCACCCAGCAGGGUCCUCGCGCCAGAGCCGCCAUGGCCAUCACGCGAAACAACGACAUGCUUCGCCAGCAGAGACUAAGAUGAAACCAAGGAGGAGCAAAUCCACCAGUUCAGGUCCAGCCUCUGCACCGGCUGCCUGAUCCAGCUGCGUUUGCUCUAACACAACGCCCGUGUGCAUCCAUUUCAUCUGACUCACUCUAACACGGCCGGCUUUUUGUAGACUGCUCAUUUCAUCAUAAAGGCGUGUGUAGGUCACCA